UUGUUUUGAAGAAGGAAGAGACGCUGGCGUCGGAGAGACACCGUACGGAUGCGAAAAGGCUUCACUGUAAGCUGCAGCAGGGCAGCAAGAUGAAGAAGCAGAGGGAGAGCCAGUGCACUCAGAAGACCAUCUCAUUGCUGAGCCCCCUGGGGAAGAUCCAAGUCAGUGGAUGUGAGAAUGGUGUGCACACCAUCCAGAUCCUAAUGGAUGUCGCACCUGCUGAAAGGAGCAGCGAGGCCCCCCUGAGCUGUGUGGUCAACGAUAGCCCAGCAGAAACGAGCCCCGAGUUGCUGCGCUGCGUUGAAUGGCUCCAGGCGUACUUCAGUGAGCCGCAGACCACUGGGAGUCUCCUGCUCCCUGCCUUUCACCACCCCGCCCUGCAAGGAGAUGCGUUCACCAGCCACGUGCUGCAGGUACUUCUGAGAGAAGUGAAGUUUGGACAGACGGUCUCUUACAAACGUCUUGCUGAGAUGGCGGGAAACCCCAAAGCGGCGCGAGCGGUGGGAGGGGCGAUGAGGAGGAACCCAGUUCCUCUCCUCAUCCCCUGUCACAGAGUCAUUUCUAGCAGUGGACAGAGUGGGCCGUACAUGAGCGGCAAGGGCGACCAUCUCAAACAAUGGCUGCUCACCCAUGAGAGGCCAAGAGGGGAAGACUAAAGCAUGACAGAGCCCAACUGUCCUUCAUUCAGUACACACAAACAAACGCACACACACACACACACACAGGCCUUUUUUUUAUUUUUAAAACACAAAACAGGGCCAUAAAGUUUAGCGUGUUUGGCACACACUGUGAAACAACUGCAGCUACUUGUAAAUAUUCAGUUUAUACUCAGUUUUUUAAAUCUAAGAAUAGAGAUGCUGCAUAGUUAAUGUGAUACAGAGUUGUUGCAGAAUUAGAAUGUACAAAAAUAACUUAAACAGAGAACAGUAGGAAUUACAAACAUAUGCUCCCGUGGGUCUCCGUUGCGUUUGCCAGAUAGUGCUGGAAUGGUUUUUCUAAAGAAUUAUUAUUCCCUUAAAAAUAUGUCUCUUGCAUUGUUGUUGUUGUUGUUGUUUUUUUCCUAAGCAGAAUUAGUCUUUGUACCUCUCGUUGGUUUUUUAAUUUCCUGCCAAGUGAAUGCUUUGUUCAACAUCCAGUGAUAAAGGAUCUGAAUUUUACUGCUACAAAGCUUUGUAGUGAAGCAUUUGUUUUGUCUUCAUUUAGAUCUCAUUGUUUGCUCUCGCCUUACAAUCCACCUAGAGUGGAGGUGUCUUAUGCAUUAUAUACUGCACUUUUGUUACAUUAGACAUGUUAAAAUAAAUACAUCUUAAA